AUGGCGAGUUCCGACCCGAGUAAGCGACCCAGGCCCGGUCCAUGGCCACCGGGUCCGGAAUCUGCCGCACCAAUGCCACCUUCUUCUUGGGCAAAACGGACUGGUUUCCGACCUAAAUUCUCCGGUGAGGCCAAUGCUGGGGAUUCGGGCCCCAUUUCGGUUCAGCCGCAGCCUAAACCUAGAGAAGCCGAUGCAAGUGUUGAUCUUGAAUCCGGCCGAGCUCGGCCCGUCCCGACCUCCAAUGGAGAGGUACUGUCUCCGGUGCCGGAAAGACCUGGACAGGAAAAUGACAAGGAGAAACCAGUGAGGAAAAGGAGGGAUUCCGAUGGUGGAGAUGGAGGUGGAGGUGGUGCUGCGGCGCCGCCGGCGGUGAAGGGUCCUAGAGCUAAUGGCAAGACGCCGCCGAGCGGGGAGGAGGCGGGGGCCGGGCCGGGGAAUAGGAGGGGGUCGAGGAGUGAUGAGGUGGUUGAUACUUUGCCGCAGUCUGUGGUGGAUGAUGAUGAUUUUAUCGCUAGGCAUGCACAUAUGAAGUAUGAGCUUCGGGAUUCACCUGGCCUUGUUCCUAUUGGCCUAUAUGGAUUUCAGCACUAUCUUUCAAUGUUGGGAUCACUGAUACUCAUCCCUCUAGUGAUAGUACCUGCAAUGGGUGGCAACAGUGAGGAUACUGCAAAUGUGGUUUCUACCGUGCUUUUCAUGUCAGGAGUGACGACUCUGUUACAUACAGCCUUUGGCUCAAGGUUGCCCUUAAUCCAGGGGCCGUCCUUUGUGUAUCUUGCUCCAGCUUUAGCAAUAAUAAACUCCUCGGAGUUUCUAGGGCUCAAUGGAAAUAACUUUAAACAUAUUAUGAAGGAGCUACAGGGAGCUAUAAUAAUUGGUUCAGCAUUUCAAGUAUUCCUUGGAUACAGCGGUCUUAUGUCAUUAUUCUUGAGAUUGAUUAAUCCAGUAGUUGUGUCCCCCACUAUUGCUGCAGUUGGACUUUCCUUCUACAGUUAUGGUUUUCCACGAGUUGGUGCCUGUGUCGAGAUUGGUGCAGUGCAAAUAUUGUUAGUUGUUAUUUUCUCUCUUUACCUUCGUAAAGUUUCUGUGCUUGGUCAUCGGAUAUUCCUGAUAUAUGCGGUACCGCUGGGUCUUGCAAUUACAUGGGUGAUGGCAAUUCUUUUGACAAAAACCGGAGCAUAUAACCAUAAUGGUUGUGAUGUGAACAUACCGACCUCAAACAUUGUAUCGGAACACUGCAGAAAGCAUGUUUCCAGAAUGAAGUACUGUCGGGUUGACUCACAUGCACUAGAGUCUGCUCCGUGGUUUAGAUUUCCUUAUCCUUUGCAAUGGGGCACACCUGUCUUUCACUGGAAAAUGGCUCUUGUGAUGUGUGUGGUGUCUAUCAUCUCGUCUGUGGAUUCGGUUGGUUCAUAUCAUGCAGCAUCCUUAUUAGUGGCAUCUAGACCUCCUACACCUGGUGUGUUAAGUCGAGGCAUUGGUCUUGAAGGAAUUACUAGUCUCUUAGCUGGUCUAUGGGGCACAGGCACUGGCUCAACCACCCUAACCGAAAAUGUUCACACCAUUGCUGUAACUAAAAUGGGCAGCCGAAAAGCAGUUCAGUUGGGUGCUGGUGUUCUUAUCUUCCUUUCCCUUAUAGGUAAAGUUGGUGGAUUUCUAGCUUCUAUCCCUGAGGUCAUGGUCGCAGGUCUGUUGUGCUUCAUGUGGGCUAUGCUGACAGCAUUAGGUUUGUCAAAUUUAAGAUACAGCGAAGCAGGGAGCUCGAGGAACAUAAUUAUAGUUGGGCUGUCUUUGUUUCUCUCACUGUCAAUACCAUCAUACUUCCAGCAAUAUGGCGUCUCCCCAAAUACAAACUUAGCAGUUGCUAGUUAUUAUCAACCUUACAUUGUGGCAUCUCAUGGUCCGAUUCGCACCAAAAAUGGAGGGCUGAACUAUGUGCUGAAUACAUUGCUUUCGCUUAAUAUGUUGAUUGCAUUCCUAGUGGCGGUAAUCCUGGAUAAUACCGUACCAGGCAGUCAACAGGAACGUGGGGUGUAUGUAUGGUCUGAUCCCGAUACUGCAAGAAGGGAACCUGCUGUAACUAAAGACUAUGAGUUGCCAUUCAGAGUCGGAAGAGUUUUCAGAUGGGUAAAGUGGGUUGGAUUGUAG